AUGGAGAAACCAGGUGUCAAUGUUGCAUGCGAGGCCAACGAACCAGAGAAAUCUCUCCACGUAGCCGUCAUAGGAGCGGGACUCGCCGGUCUGCGUUGCGCCGACAUCCUCCUGCAGCACGGAUUCCGGGUCACGCUCAUCGAAGGCCGGGACCGGCUUGGAGGUCGUGUCGCCCAGGAACGGCUACCCAACGGCCACUUGGUUGACCUGGGCCCGAACUGGAUCCAUGGAACUGACGACAACCCUAUUCUUGAUCUGGCCAAAGCUACCGGCACAGCUGUCGGUACCUGGGACGAAAGCUCCCACGUGUUUGACGAAAAUGGAAACUUGUUUGCAAGGCAGGAGAGCGAGCGGUAUUCUCAAAUCAUGUGGAAGAUGAUUCAGGAGGCAUUUGAAUAUUCCAAUACACGCUGCCCUGACAUUCCUGCCGAGGAAAGUCUUCUUGACUUCUUUCGUCGCAAACUUCCAGAACACAUUCCCGACACGGAAUCGGAUCACCUCAAGGACCGCGCGUUCGUGUUGCAGUUGGCCGAGUCCUGGGGCGCCUUCGUGGGCAGUCCAGUGUCCACCCAGAGCCUCAGGUUCUUCUGGCUCGAGGAGUGCAUCGAUGGCGAAACCUUGUUCUGCGCUGACACAUAUCGUAAGAUAUUGAAAACGGUCGCGAGACCUGCCCAAGCGAAAGCGACCAUCAUGUUGGGCACCAAAAUCACCAGGUUCGAUAUCCGGACAUCGGGCUGCUCAAGGCCUCGGGUCCAUACAGAGGAAGGCCAAACCCUAGAAUUCGAUGAUGUGGUCUGCACAGCUCCACUAGGGUGGCUGAAGAAGAACCUGGAUGCCUUUCACCCCUCGCUACCAGAUCGUCUCCAGCAAGGUAUUGCAGCCAUAGGCUAUGGUUGCUUGGAGAAGGUGUACAUCAGUUUUCCUCAGCCGUUCUGGUUGACCCCUGAUAAGACCGGGCGUUUUUUGCAAGGCUUCUGCCAGUGGCUCGCCCCAAAGUAUGCACUGGAGUCCAAUCCGACACGUUGGAGCCAGGAGACCGUUGAGCUAGCUUCGCCAAGUCUUGGAACCUCGCAUCCCACGCUCCUCUUCUACAUCUUUGGAAACGAGUCUCGCUUCAUCACGCAGCAGGUCAGUAGUUUGGGGACGAAGCAAGAACGCGACGACUUCCUUCGGAGCUUCUUCAAGCCAUACUACUCUCGAUUGCCUCAGUACGACGAGUCGUCUGCCGAUUGCUUACCGACAGCCUUCCUGUCGACGGAUUGGCUCCAUGAUGAUCUCGCAGGGAACGGCAGCUACUGCAACUUCCAGACGGGCCUCGGGCGGGGUGACGACGAUAUUCGGGCCAUGCGCGAGGGGCUCCCCGAAGGCGGCUUGUGGUUUGCAGGGGAGCAUACGGCGCCGUUCGUUGCUCUGGGCACGGCGACGGGGGCAUACUGGAGUGGCGAGAAUGUCGGGCGAAGAAUAGCAGAGAUGCAUGGGCGAGGUCCACGAGCGUAG